AUGGGCCCGGAAGUUCUUUGGGAUUCCCAGGUAAAAAAAAAAAAAAAAAAAAAAAAAAAUCCCGGAGAUGCUGUCGUCGCCUGGGAAAACAAACAGCGAUCCAGACAAUUAAAUCGGAAAACACCGAUCGGUCGCCAGGCAUCUGGUGAGAGAAUGAAUGCUGAUGACUGCAAUGGACGCUCAUAUGCACCAGGUAAUGGAGGAGAGUCAUCAAUGGAACAGGAUUUUUAUGGCGGGCUGCAGGGUCCUUCAGCGAGAUCUCCAAACAGUCAGCAGUCCUCACCACACCGCUCCCUUAGUGCAAACUCCAUCAAGGUUGAGCUGUGCAGUGAUGAUGAGUCACCAGUGGCUCCACAGCCAGAGAACACAAAAGCUAUAAGAGACAAUAGCAAGAGGGAUGACAGACGGGACUCCAUGGAAGAAGGGAGCACAGAGUACACUGGGACUGGUAGAGACAGAGCGAAUAUUUACAAUGAGAUGGCCAGUCCGAAUGCCGCUUCACCAGGACCUAUCAGGCUGCCCAGUGGGAAGCUGCAGUGUGAGGUAUGCGGAAUGAUCUGCAUCGGACCAAACGUGCUGAUGGUGCAUAAGCGUAGCCACACAGGUGAGAGGCCAUUCCAGUGUAACCAAUGUGGAGCUUCCUUCACCCAGAAGGGGAACUUGUUACGCCACAUCAAGUUGCAUUCGGGAGAGAAGCCUUUCAAAUGUCCCAUCUGCAACUACGCUUGCCGCCGGAGAGAUGCCCUGGCUGGACAUCUACGCACACAUGCAGUUUCUUCGCCAACGGUGGGAAAACCUUUCAAGUGCAGCUACUGUAGCCGCAGCUACAAACAACAGAGCACGCUGGAGGAACAUCUGGAGCGCUGCCAUAGUUAUCUGAAGAGUCUGGAUCACCAGACAGCAGUCAACUCACAGACAGCACAGGGUGAAGAGUCAGUAAGUAUUGAGACAAUGACUAAACCUGCGCUCCAGCCAUCCAACGAAAAAAUCCAGUUUGUGGAUAGACUGGCUAUUAGCAUCACCAAACGCAAGAGGUCAACACCACAGAAGUUUUUGGCUGAAAAACACAUGCAUCUUGACCUACCUGAAGCACCUUAUGAAUUGUCCUCUGGCUCUGAGAAGGAGGGGGACCUUAUGAGCUCUCAGCCUGCUGGAGACUCUGCUAGGUUGGGGGCUACACACCAAGGUGCCAGGGGUAAAGGGGAGAACCAUGAGCAGCCUGCACUGUCUCAGCUCCAUCCUGCCUUCCUGUCGGAGCUUCGCACGGUUAUGGGCUCCAUCAACAGCAACAUGACUCCUCAGGGCUCCCGAGCCCAUGGUGGAGGUGGGCUGGCAGCCAUGUCUCUUGGCCUGGCUCGCCGGGGGGAAGGUGAAGGCCGUGAUGACCAACCCUCAGCCAAUAGCCACACCACCUCACCCAACGGCUGUCCCGACUCUACAGACACAGAGAGCACAGCAGAAGAGCAGAGCACAAGGGCUACAGCCCCGACAAGUACCUCCAACAACCACCACCUCCACUACCAAACCCUAGCACUGCCCCGCAGCCAUCCAACUUCCAGCCCCAGCCAGGCCAAAGACUUAGACCCAGAGUGGGAGAGAGCAUGUCCUGUGCCCCCCACCAUAUUAAAGAAGCGCCCUGGCACACCGCUUUCUUCCAAGGAGACAGUGCAGGUGUUGGACAGGGCCGGCCGGUCUGUGCGCUCCUUCCACUGCCGGCACUGCCGCAUCCUCUUCCUGGACCAUGUCAUGUUCACCAUCCACAUGGGUUGUCACGGCUUCCGCCAACCCUUCGAGUGCAACAUCUGUGGCCACCGCAGCCAGGACCGCUAUGAGUUCUCCUCUCACAUCAGCCGAGGAGAGCACCAGGUGGGCUGA